CAACCACCGGCUGCCGGCGGUCCACCGGGAGACGGCCAACAACAAGCCGCCGGUCGAGCGCCACCACACGGCCCGCUACUACGCCCACCGUGUCCGCGAAAGCCUCACGACCCGCGUCUCGAAGCUCAUCUGCUCCGUCUUCCUCACCAUCCUCCUCGUCGCGGCCAUCGUCUUCUUCGUCAUCUGGCUCAGCCUCCGCCCGCACAGACCCAGGCUCUUCCUCGACGCCUUCUCCGUAACCGGGCUGGACCGGCCGGCCGGGUUCGAGAACGCCCAGGUCCGGUUCAAGCUGACGGUCCGGAACUCGAACCGGCACGUGGUGUAUACGGGGCUAUGCACGGGUCGGUCUUCUACAAGGACCAGCGGGUCGGGCCGGUCCGGCUGACCGGACCGUUCGACCAGGGGCCCAAGAGCACGAAGGUUUUGGACGAGGUGCUGACGGUGAGCGGCCGGCGGUGGGAUCGGUCGCGAGGGAAGGUGGCGUUCCGGUUGGAUGUGACGGCGACCGUCAUGUUCAGGGUGUCCACGUGGCGGAGCGAGACGCAUCGGAUGCAUGCCAACUGUGAUGUGGAUGUGGGGCCGGAGGGGUCCAUCUUGCCCAGUUUUAAGUCCAAGAGAUAUACUGUCAAAAAAAAUAUUUCACUUGAUUGCGUUUACUUUUUUUUUUUUUUGCCUUUGGUUUUUUGGGUUUAA